AUUCCAUCUUCACAACAACAACUUCAGCCGGCCUGACUUUCCCACACGACCCGAUACCUUCGUCGUUCAAACAUUUUUUUUUGAGAUCUUCAUUCGAUUAAUCCGAUAAUAAAUAAUUCAAAAUGGCCGCCCCUACCAGCACCACUUCCGCUAUCCCCAUGAAGAACAACGUCGCCUAUAACAGCGACUCCGAGUCUGAUGGCCAGGCACGAGGUGGCCGUCGCCCCCAGAACCAGCUCUCUCAGACCCUUCCCCAACUACCUACCUCGGUUGGUUUGGCUCAACCAGCUGGCUCGCUCCUCAGGGGUGCCACCGACGACAACGGCAACCAGAAGACCGCCGCCCUCUUGGUCGGCAUCAAGCUCGACCUCGAGGCCGAGGUCCACCUGACUGCCCGCGUUAGGGGUGACAUCUGCGUGGGUCUCUACUAAUGCACACCGACC